CCAUCAUUGGCAGGAAGGUGGACACGGGGGCACUGGCAGGACUGCACGCUCUCUCAGUUGUUGUUAUAGUGCGUGCUUUUUUCUCCAGAACACACUCACUGCAGAUGACCGUUCUCCUGAAGACAGCUUCACCCUGAACCCCGAGGACAGAAGAGAAUACCCUGAUCUCCAGGCUGCCCACCGGCCGUUCCCUAAGCAGCGAUUCAGGCAGGAAAAUGGGCAUACGUCCUUGCAAAGAGAUGGACCCAGAUCUUUCCUCCUGGAUCUCCCAAACUUCCCUGACCUGUCAAAAGCAGAUAUCAAUGGGCAGAAUCCCAACAUUCAGGUUACCAUUGAAGUGGUGGAUGGCCCCGACACCGAGACAGACAAGGAUCUGCAGAAAGAGAGCAGCAAGCCUAGCUGGCCAGUCCCAUCACCUGACUGGAGAAACUGGUGGCAGAGGUCCUCCACCUUGACUCGCAUGAGCAGCGGUGACCAGGACUACAAGUAUGACAGCACUACUGAGGACAGCAACUUCCUAAACCCUCUCGGUGGGUGGGAUAGUCAUGCACCCAGUCACCGGACAUUUGAGUCCAAGGAGCAGCCAGAGUAUGAUUAUAUUGAUGGUGAGGGAGACUGGAGCCCGUGGUCCCUUUGUAGCGUCACCUGUGGGAGCGGCAAUCAGAAGCGAACGAGGUCCUGCGGGUAUGCCUGCACUGCCACUGAGUCACGGACCUGCGACAGGCCCAACUGCCCAGGGAUCGAAGAUACCUUCCGGACAGCCGCCACAGAAGUGAGCUUACUUGCAGGAAGUGAAGACUUCAACGCUACCAAACUGUUUGAAGUUGAUACUGAUAGCUGUGAAAGAUGGAUGAGCUGCAAAAGCGAGUUCUUGAAGAAAUAUAUGCACAAAGUGGUCAACGAUCUUCCCAGCUGCCCAUGCUCCUACCCCAGAGAAGUUGCAUACAGCACUGCUGAAAUCUAUGAUCGAAUUAAGAGGAAAAACUUUCGCUGGAAGGAUGCAAGUGGUCCAAAGGAAAAACUGGAGAUCUACAAGCCCACUGCACGAUACUGCAUCCGCUCCAUGCUGUCUUUGGAAAGCACAACGCUUGCGGCACAGCACUGCUGCUAUGAUGAUAAUAUGCAGCUGAUUACCAGAGGGAAAGGGGCAGGUACACCAAACCUGAUCAGCAUCGAAUUCUCAGCAGAACUCCAUUACAAAGUGGACAUUCUGCCUUGGAUUAUAUGCAAAGGUGACUGGAGCCGAUACAAUGAAGCUCGGCCUCCAAACAAUGGGCAGAAGUGUACAGAAAACCCUUCAGACGAAGACUACUACAAGCAAUUUCAAGAAGCAAGGGAAUACUGAGAAGAUUUUCCUCCUCUUCAGGCACAAAAUAGCAUUCACUUCCUGGAUGCCAAAGAACUGAUAACGGCUGCUGCAUUGUCUCCUUGACAGGGGUUGAUCAGUUUCUUUCUAAUGAAUGUAUAUAGUUGUAAUAUAAUACAUAAGUAUUUUU